AAACAACACACAGAUGCACGGAUGAGUACCUAUGACAGUUAGGCUGCUAUCUAGUUCAAUUUGAGAGCCAGAUAGAUCUUCUCCCACAAAACAGAUCAUUUAUUGCCUUUUUGGAUACAUGAGAUCAGAUCUAAGUCGUAUUAUGAAACAGACUAAUGGGAUUUGCUUUGAUGAACAGGAAAUCCAUUAAGAGAUGCUCUGCUACAGAAACCCAAGUGCGCAGAAGAUUUAAGGCAAUCUCUUUGGCUUGGAGAUGGCGAUUGGUUGCCGGCAACUGAUCCUCAUCUUUUCCCCUACUGGAUAACACCAUGUUAAUGAUUCUUGUGGGGCUUUGAACUUUAGACAGAUUGGCCAGCUGUGGGCAAUGACCCACCAUCUCACAUGCUCAGCCAAUGUGGUUUAAACUCACCCAUCACUCCCUUUUUCCCUCUCCUAAAUUCUAUAUAUCCUCACCUGAAAGAGAGAGAGAGAGAGAGAGAUGAAAAGGAAAAAAGCAAUUAUCUCUUUAGUUCUUUUGCUAACAGAGACACCCACCCAGCAAGCUAACUCUCUGUUAUUGCAGUUCCGAGUUUAGACAAACAUGGAGGUAGCUUUGGAAUUUGAAGAUGAUUUGUUCUUUGCUGAUUUGAGCAGACAGCUUUCUCUUCUUCUCAUGGAUGACAACGAAGAACCUCUCCCUCAUCCACAUGUUUCUCUUCAGGCUCUGUCUCAUGGAGGGCACCACCCCACACAGCUACUGGCAGGGCAUGAACAUGCCACCGUAGCCUACAGCAGCGUAAGCAAGGGCACCGGCGUGUUCAUCCCAAGGUCCCUGCAGCCUGCAAGAAAACAGAGGCGUGGAAGAAACAAUAACAUGAAGCCAAACCGACAGUUUCAAAUCAAUAUUGAUGUGAACUCACAAGCAUCUUCCAACAACCAUUUGAUGCGUCCUAAAAAGGGUUAAGGAUUCGAAGAAUUUGAGGAAAAGGGUAUCAGAAUUCAGAUUAAAUCAAUAAUUCAGUCACCAAGUAUUAAGUUAGUGGUGAUGGCUGUACAUGGAAGAAGAAGAAGCCAUAGUAUUAGACUGUUAAUCACUGGGUUUUAAAUUGGUUUAUGUGGUUCAUUGGAAGGUUAAUUAACCUAAGGUUUGUAAGCCUCCUCCCCUCCCUAAGUGAAAAAUUUAUGGUUGUUCUAAUAAUAAUAUGCCGCUUUCAUUCUC